GAGGCGCGGUGGGCCGGCUCACCUCGCGCACCAUGCCCGCCCGCCUGUGGCCCGGGCUGCUCCUGCAGGCCUGCUGCGCCCUGCUUCCCGCGCCCUCUGCGGUGGCCCACGUGCCGCUGCAUCCCCAGGGGCGGCCUUCGUCGCCUGCCCCUCUCGCUUAUAUGCUGAGCCUCUACCGCAACCCGCUGCCCCGGGCGGACAUUAUCCGCAGUCUGCAGGCGCAAGAUGUGGAAGUGAAUGGGCUGACUUGGACCUUCGCUUUUGACUUCUCCUUCCUCAGCCAAAAAGAGGAUCUGGCAUGGGCUGAGCUCCGGCUGCAGCUGUCCAGCCCUGUGGCCCUCCACGCUGACUUCCCCCUCUCCAUUGAGAUUUGCCACCAGCCCAAGCUGGAUGAUGAGCGGGACUCAGCCAGCUGCCUGAAACGGAUCCGGAUGGACCUGUUCACUGUCACCGUGUCCCAGAUCACCUUUUCUUCGGGCAGCAUGGUCCUGGAGGUGACGAGGCCACUCUCCAAGUGGCUGAAGCGCCCGGGGGAGCUGGAGGAGCAGAUACUGAGUUUGGCUGGAGAGUGCCGGCAGCAGCCCCCCAAACCACCUGUCGCCAACAUCACUGAAGUGACGCUGCUGCUCUAUUCUAACCUCGCCCCUGAGCAGAGGCGGCUGGGCGGCUCCACCUUGAUGUGGGAAGCUGAGAGCUCCUGGAGGGUCCAAGAGGGACAGCUUUCUCGGGAGAGGGGCAGGAGACAACGUCGCUAUCACGUGCCAGACAAAAGCCAGCUGUGCAGGAAGGUCAAAUUCCUGGUGGACUUCAACUUGAUCUCAUGGGGUUCCUGGAUCAUCUACCCCAAGCAGUACAAUGCCUAUCGCUGUGAGGGCGAGUGUCCCAACCCUGUGGGGGAGGAGUUCCAUCCCACCAACCACGCGUAUAUCCAGAGUCUGCUGAAGCGGUACCACCCUCACCGAGUCCCUUCCACGUGCUGUGCCCCUGUGAAAACCAAGCCACUGAGCAUGCUCUAUGUGGACAAUGGCAGAGUCCUUCUAGACCAUCAUGAAGACAUGAUUGUGGAAGAAUGUGGAUGCCUUUGAGGAGCUUCUAGAAGGGGCCUGAGUUUUUGCCUGUCCCCUGUGAAGACUGGGAAUAUCCUGGAAGACACAAUAACCAUCUACCCCAAAGAGAAGUGAGGAGGCAGGUGGAGCAGCUCCAGCCCUGAGGAGGAAGGGCUGCUCACUCUGCAGAUGGAGGCUCUGUGGAGUCCCGUUGAACAGAGGUCGCUGUCGGGAGAGGAAGGAGGCGGCCAGGGAAGCAGGCUCUCUGGGCUUUCUCUUUACUGAGGACAGGGUAUGGGGAAAGCAUCAGUGCAAGAAUUCUUUUUCUGACUUAUUUUUUUAACCUGCCACCCCCAGAAGUUAUACGUAGAAGUUGGGGAAGAUGUGUAUUUAUUUUUUUUUGACAAGAUUGUCUAUAAAUUUUAUGUACUUUCAAAGUUAAUUCAGGACUAAAGUCCAGGGUGGUUGGUCUUUGACAGCCUCCGCUUCCACCAAGAUAAGUGUUAAAGUCAGUGGGUUCUCGUGGCCUCAGGCUGGGUGAGAGGAGCCUCCUGCUUCCAGGCUGGCCUGUAACAAUCUCUUGGCUUGUCCAGAGGCUCAGUGGAGUGCGUCUCUGCUAAUGAACUGCACAAACACAACCAUUGUACAGUCUCCCUUUGAAGGGAGAAGCCAGAAUUCAUCCAAGAGAACUGGCCGCACUGAACUGCAGCAGCUGGAGGCCUUGGACACCCCCUGCUCAGUCUGCCUGGGCAGACCCUGUCCGAGUCUAUUAAACUUGGUGGCAGCUUA